GCGUGGCUGGGCUCUGGGCUAUAAUGGUUCAUAUAGAAGAGGAUCUGCUCUGAGAGCAUUUAGCACUCUCCACCAUGAAGGGGACACUUCUUCUACUGGCCUUCCUGGUGAUUGGAGAGCUUGGCUUCCAGACAACGGAGGCAUGUGCUCCUUUCUUCGGUGUCUAUUUGAGUACUAACUCUGGAAACAGGCUUUGGUUGCAUCAUGAACUUUCUUAUUUCAACCCUACUGAUGGUGAAACGGAGAGCUUUGAAAAAAUCCAGGACUGCUAUGAAGAGGCAGGACUAAAAGCUAAAAGUCAGGAUAUCGAAUUUAUGGCAAGCAUGCUCUUCAGCUCAGAAUGCUUGAAAUACUAUAGCAAAGACACCAUGACAAAAAUUUUAAGUGUGUUUACCAAGAAGUGGAAUUAGAAGUUACUGGGUUUUAGGUAAUCCAUCAUUGCAACAUGUCUGACCUAAGCACCAUCUUGCUGACCUGUCCUCCUCCUCACCUGAAGUUGGAUUCCUGACACCUGCGCCCUCAUCCUUUAGUUUCUUAGGCUGAUUCUAAUAAAUGCCUGCAGCUCU